AUGGAGCCAAGCUUCAAGAACGCUAUCUACAGUACAGCACUGCUCAAAAGCUUGGAAACCAUAACAACUGUGGCAGUUUUGAUCGUCAGCUCCGUUCUACUUCUUGCUUUACUCACUGGAGUACGCAGGUUUACGAUGCAGUUCUUCAAAAUUCUUACCGUACUGGUCGCCGUGAUCGUAAUCCGCUCUGGCUGUCGGUAUUGUAUUCAAACUUGUGACUUUGUGGUCCGGACUGCUGAUUGCCCAUCAGAAUAUCAUCACCUUGGUGAUCGACAUGCAAUUCUGUAUCGCCGCAACUACGAACAGUCUUCUGUUUCGGCUCGGGAAUAUCGCUAUAUUGCCUUGUGUCUCGUUUGCUUUGUAAUUGCAGCCGCAGAAACAUAUAUCGUCAUAACCAUGUCAAAUCUUCGUCGAGAAUUUAUUGUGGAGAUCGGAUUUGUCGACUUUAUUGAUUCAGCUGAAGCUUACGAAAUACGACAAAGGAUGUUUCGAGAGAUUGCUUUGAUGGCUAUAGUAAAUACGAUGUUCACUCUGCUUUUUAUUCUUCUCUAUCGGAUACCCUCAUCAAACGAGUCGCGGAUCAUGAUAAUCAGCAUAUACAACAUACUCUGCUUUAUACCGGAUAUUCUAAUACCGGUGUUCAUACUGAUUGGUUCAAGUGAAGUUCAUGCAGAGAUAUCGUCCAGAUUCUCCAGACUGACAAGGACGAAAAGACCUUCGUCUCGUAAAACUGUCACAAUGAAAUGA